UAAACUAAAAUGGCGACGUCAGUAGAGUGAUGGAAUUGAGGAAUUUUUUCAAUUGUGUUGAUUCUUUUUUAUAUUCAUAUUAUAUAUACAUAUAUUGGUGGAUAUUUAACCCAAUUACAACAAUAAAGUGCAGUUUUGAAAACACAAACAAAUAAUCUAGUGGAAAAUGUUAAAGAAUUUUCGCAAAUGCAUCAAAUAAAAAGUGAAAAUACAAAACAACAUCAUCAAUUCGAUGAACGAAAAGAACGUCGCAGUGAAAAAAGUGAAAAAGUUACGAAAAAAUAAAAAUGGCGCCUGCGAUGAUGUCUUGACUUUCUUUUUUAAUUUGUUAAUAAUUCGCAUACGACGUUAUUGGAAUCAUUGAAAAGUUACUAAAAUAUAAAUAUUCCUCAAAGGAAUAUGAAAUGAAUGUGAAGAAAAUCUAUUGAAAUAAAUUAUAUCAAAGCUGUUAAAACGCAACGCCAAGCAGCAGUAACAUACAAUACGAAGCAUACCACGAUAGAGGAGGCACACAAAAAAAAAAAAAACAAGAGAAUUUGUUGCCGUUUCCAUUUGCCCACCACAACAGUUUUAUUCGUCGUUUUGGGGCAUUCAUUCAUACGUGUUCGUGCGUGUGUUUUUUUUAUUUUUUUUUUAUUCUUCAUUAACUGAAUUUUUUGAAUUACACGACGAACUCGACGUAGAAGGAGGCCUUGAGGAUGUGUGCUGCUCAAAGUAAUCCGACGCAAAGUUUUGGUCCUUACACAUGGGGUUUUGCGGCCGACAAUACUCGGGCAGAUUCCGUAUUGGAGAUAUCGCCCAAUAUCAACUAUACCGUGAGCAGUGAAUCUAUGCCAUAUUUGUUAUCUACAGAUGGGUCGUUAACAGUUCAAAAAGAUGUAAAAGCCGGCUUGGCGCCCAGUAAAGGCCUUGUACGGCGCAUGGUGCUUGUCAAUGAUCCCUUUUCGCCAGGAGGUCAAAGAGUGAUAACAAGUGGAAAUUCCACAGUGGUCAAGAAACCAGAUCAACAAGUUCUCAGUUUAAAUUGUGACAAAAAUUAUCUUUUGGUGGAUCAAACAGAUCAGACACAUCUCAGCAAUGGCAUUGUGGAUUCGAAAGCACAAACGAUAUUAACAUCAGCGGGUAAAACACACUUUAGCCCUAUUGGGCCAUUGCACCUAACGGCCGAGGAGUGCAAUGAGAUUUUAAUGAAGCGUGCCUUGGCCGCUUCACAUCCUCAGUCGAUAACAGCGAAUGAUGGUCAUGCGACCUCAGCAAGCCAUGCAAUGUUAGGUGACAUUAUGCCUGGUAUUUCAGUGCAAGUACAGAAAGUUAUACAAGGUCUGGAAGAAAAUGAUGAAUCACAAGGUGACACACCAAAUCUAAAAUUGGAACCGGGUACAUUGGAACUAUCACCGAAAACCGAAUUACAAGAAACAAUGCAUUUUAGUGAUAACGAUACCACAAUAAAGAAGGAGCGCCCUUACAGUUGUGAGGAGUGCGGUAAAUCAUUUUUACUGAAACAUCAUUUAACCACUCAUGCUAGAGUGCAUACAGGCGAACGUCCUCAUGUUUGUACACAUUGUGGCAAAAGCUUUGCCCACAAACACUGCUUAAACACACAUUUACUGUUACACUCCACCGAUCGCCCUUACCAGUGUACAGAGUGUAAGAAAAGUUUUACAUUGAAACAUCAUUUGUUAACACAUUCACGUGUUCAUUCGCGUGAUCGGCCGUUUAUUUGCCAGGAAUGUGGUCGUACAUUUCCCCUCAAACGUCACCUGGUGACACACAGUAAAUUCCAUGCCGGCGAACGGCCGUAUGUGUGCGACGAAUGUGGCGAAAGUUUUGCCCAGGAAAAUCAUCUAAUUAUGCAUUCACGUUUCCAUGGUUCUGUAAAUCCCUUUGUUUGUCAGGAUUGCGGUGUUACAUUUCCUCGAAAAUUUCAAUUGGUCAAUCAUGCUCGCAUACAUGGCAAAGUACCACAUUCAUGUACGGUAUGUGGCAAGGAAUUUUUACAGAAGCGUACUCUGGUGGCACAUAUGCGCGUUCAUACUGGCGAUCAACCACAUCCUUGUAUCAGUUGUGGUGAAGGUUUUAUGACACGACCCGAUUUAAAUCAACACAUACGCAGUGUACAUGGCGGUGUCAAUCCAAAUUCUUCAAAUACAGCAUCAGUGCCGUCCAAUAAUGCUGUUAUAACAUCUCAACAACAAACUCAAACUAUACAACAAAUACACCAAACGCAAGCCCAAACAACACACCAGCAACAGCAGCAGCAAGCGCAUCAGGUGCAAAAUAGCCACCCACAGACCGUAACCGUGGUUAGUAAUCCCAACAACUCAGCAUUGCUGACAGUAACCAAUGAUGCAAAUAAUAGGCCACAAUUUGUUUGCCGGGAAUGCGGAAGUGCCUUUAACAGUCGCGAAGCUUUAGCCCUUCACCUGCGUUUACAUACCGGCGAUAAAAGUCUUAUGACCGAUUUGUGUGCUUUAACCGCUGCCUUGCCAACCCAUCUCCUAAGCACAGGCAGUCUUAAUCCUGGAACAGCAACCGUGGUAUCUGCAAAUCCCAAUAUCAUAGCCCAAAACCAAAUGCCAGUUCAAAUCAUAUCAUCAACGGGUCAAGUUGUUUCACAGACAACACUGGUGCAGGCCGCCGCUACGACUCAUCCGCAAAGUUUAGUUGCCACAAUGCCAUUGCAGGCACAUCAUCAGCAGCAACAACAGGCAACUCAACAUUUACAAAAUGGUAAUCCCGCAGGCCAUCCUCAACAACAACAGCAGCAGCAACCGCAACAGCAGCAACAACAGCAGCAGCAAACGCAACCAACACCCACCAAACCCAAGUCUCAUUUCUGUGCCAGCUGUGGUAAAGGUUUUGCCGCAAAACAUGGCUUAAUGCAACACAAUCGACGCCAUCCGAACGGCGGCUGUACCGUACGCACGCAUGUUUGCGAAUGUGGCAAAGCCUUCUUCCAGAAGAAUCAUCUAAUGCUACAUCAACGUCAACAUCUGGAAACGAAACCACCCAUUACACAGCAACAGCUUGAUUUUCUUCUUCGACAGGAUCCCAACGUCGUACAACAACACGUACAACAGCAGCAGCAACAACAACAGCAGCAACAGCAACAACAACAGCAGCAGCAACAACAGGCACAACAGCAAUUGGCCCAACAGCAGCAGCAACAACAACAACAGCAACAAAAUUCUCAACAACAACAAAUGAAUACCAGAGAAGUAAUGAUUGGUAAUCAGGCCGUUCACGUGCAAGUAUUACAGGGAACGAAUACAGCACAAGUUAUCAAAUAUGAAAUCAAUAUACCCCAAGAAAAUCAAAACAUGGAAUAGCAAGGAUAGCUAAUGUCAUCAAAUCCUUCGCAACAAAUCCCAAGGAAUGAGAAUGGAACAUAAAGAUGUGUUAACACGAAAAAAAAACAAAAAACUAUAAUACUUCGAAUAAGGACGACAGGACAAAAGCAAAACAAGCAUUUACCAAAAUAUCUGGGAAACCGAGUAACCGUUAGUUUUUUAUGCAAAUGAUGAUGGUAAGAAUUCCCUUGGGAAGGAAGCAGGAAACAUUACUUCCCCCACAAAAACACCACUCCCCCAAACAGUUAUAAAACGACCCGUUCCUCAUUUGUUGUUACCUUUGCCUUACUACGUUGCGAGCUAAGUCAUAGCCAAGAAGGAGAGGGGUUUAUUGUUUCAUAUUUUAUAAUUUAAUUUCACAUAAAAUUAACAAAUUUGAAUUUGUUUUUUUUCGGUUUUUAUAUUUCUCUCUUUUUGGAACAAAACAUUAAAAAUACCAAUUAAUCUGGCAUUCAUAUUGAAUAUAUGGGCUGAAAAGUCCCGAUUGUAACAUAGAAACACUAAAAUUAAUUAAUUAAAAUCAUAAAUUAUCGGCUCGAAUACAAGUUUUUUAUGAGUCGUCAAGAAAACAUGUGCGUGCUCAGUCUUUCUUAUAAACAGCAGAUUGUUUACUGUAAUAUACAGCAAUUCCAAGUUUUUUUAAUUCUUUUUUUACGACUUGUCUGGGGGAAAAAGCUGUAAUAGAAAAGCUAUUCUAAUACCAAAAUGUUGAAUAAUACAUGCUCAUAUUGUAAUCUUUGUGAUCUCACCAAUUCUUCUAUAAAAUACACACCUUCCAUAGACUGAAGUCCAUCAGUAAAUCUUCUAUAAAUAGAAAGAUCUUUAUCAUAUCACCCACAUAUUUGUCACAGUGAGUAUGUCUUCUAUAAUUUAGAAGAAAAGGUGGACUUCAAUAGUUUUUCUAAAAAAUGAAUACUUUCAGUAUGUUUUCUUUAGAAGGCGUUCAACAGGUCUCUUAAAAAUAAAAAGUUGCAUAGUUGCAUAGUUGUCUAAGACAAAAGUUUGUCUAUAGACAGAAGGGUUCCCACAUUUGGAAAUGUCUUCUAUAGACAUAAUUACUCCAGUUAGCACAACAUAGACAUAAUAUUUUCCACAUAUAAGAGCUCUAUAAACCCAUGAAACCCUUUCUAAAUAAGAUUUUUACACAGACAGUAGCAUUAUAUAUAUCUUGAUAUUUAGCAGCAGACAAAUGGAAGAUCGUCUACAGCUUAAAUGUAUUCCAUCGAUAAUAGACCUUCCUGGUAGUUCAAAUUAAGUGAAUUCGAAAUUCGAAAGCCAUCAGUAUUUCUGUUACAAUUGGGAAAUUUGUUUUCACCCAUGUUGUGUUACGCAGGCGAUUACCUUAUCAUAGUUUGACCUCGUCGUUGUUGUUGUUUUGUCUAAGUUUUUUUUUGUUAUAUAUACAAAUAUGUGUAUAUAUAUUCAUAUAUAAUUACAAUAUAAAUAUAUUUUUAACAUUUAUUGACACAUACACAUACAUUUUUUUACAAAUAUUACAGUUAAAAUUUACAAAAAGAAAAAUUACAUCGUCGUCCCCCUCUCUAGUUAAUAACAUUUAUUUUUUAAAUAAUACCCUUUAAAGAAAGAAUAAAAAUCAAUAUAUUUUUUAAUUUAUAAAUAAGUAGAAGUAUGAAAAACAAAAGUACAUUACCUAGGUUUAAAACACAAUGCAGUUAUAUAAUAUUUUUGUUUUAAUUUUUCCAUUAUUAUUAUUAUUUAGAUAUUCUCUUUAUCAAUUUUCUAAUUUCAUCUUUUUAUUUUAAUUGUAGUUUGUAUAUAGUUAUUAAUUUUAUUAUUUUUUAAAUAUUAAAGUAAAAGUAAAGUAAAACAAAAACAAUGAAACACUUGAAAUAUUGGUACAUAUUUGUGUAAAAAAAUGUUUUUGUUUUUUUAUUAAUUCUUUAAAAUUGCACAGUCCAUAAAUCCCCCGCCCCAAUAAAAAAAAUAAAAUUAAAAACAGCAACAGAAAAUAUCCUGAAACAUAGCUCCCGAUAUUUAUACAAAAAAAAAAAAAAAAAAAAAAAAAAACAACCAACCACACAAAAAUUGUAGCAUAAAAGGAAUAUCAGAAAUAUAUAAUGGACGUAAUAAAAAGUAAAAUCUUUAGCAAAGAUUUUUAUUUUAAAAAAACAGAAACAUAGAUUCUAGCACCAUGUACUACGGAAAAUCCCUUUUUAAUUACACUUCUGUAGUAAAAAAGUCAUUGGAUCAGAGAAAACAAAAAGCGUGCACGCCUCUAACACCAAACCACCAACCCCAUUUAGCUGUGAUGUGUGGAAAAUGGAGAAUCAUUGAUAGAAUUUUAUGGUUUUGCAAUUUUUAUAUCCAUAUUUAAGGAUAUUUAUCUUGUCAUGAUCUAAGGAAGUUUGUAUCUAAGGACAGUUGUUAUGCUGCAUGAAUGAUGUGGGGAUGUUAGUUGUAGAAUUGGCAAUGGAGAGAGUGUGAAAAAAAACGAAACUAUGAUGUUUUAAUGAAAAAAGAAUUCUAAAAAGGAAGAACAAGUAAGACCUCAAAAACCGUAUUGUCAUUCAAAACCAUACAUCUGUCAACACCUCUUAUCUAAAAAUCGAGGACAUACUAGAAGAGCUUCUCGAUACUCUCGUUUACCCAACCGUUAUUUUGGUUCAGCUAUUCCUUCAUCUGUAAUCAAAAGUAAAGAUGACACGACCAUUCGGAAUUAGUCUGCUUUGCAACUAUCUAUUCUUUUCUGCAAUGUUAUUAUGAAACCAGAGAUGUUGUCGUUAUCCCUUGUUCCAUUCCCAAAAGUGAUCUCCUUGUAUACCCCAAAGUAUCUUAUCCGUGUUGUUCAAAUCAUUUUCCUGAGUAUUCUAACACUUUUGUGUGCCUAUGGCCACCUGAUGAGUGCUUUCAAUUGUUCCAGGCUAACUCUAUUUCUUUUUAAUUUUCAAAAGGACCAUUCCUGUUUUAUUAGGCGUGGUGUACGUAAGGCUCUUUUGCAAGUGAUCCUUGAUACCUCCUUAUUCCCUUGCAAAUUUCAUUUUUCAAAUAAACUCACUUAUGCCUUAAAGUAUGCUCUUAAUUUUGUUUUUAAAAAUAUAUAUUUUCUCCCAACAUUUAUAUCAAGUUGGCGUUCUUUAUUGUAUAUAGAUACCAAGGAUAUUGGGAAUUUUAGACCUCCCAGGGCGAGUCUCCCAAGUCCUCGAUUUAUUCUGCUUCCAUGUAUUGCCUUUAAUGAUAGGUUUUAGUCUUUGCAUGGGAUAUUCAUAAUCAGAAAAUACAUAAGCAGCCAUUUUUUAAGUUGUCAACACAUUUGUGAAAAAUUGAACAAGAGACGUUUCAUCACCCUUUCCUUGAAAUCUUUGUCAAUAUCUUUACACAUCCCCUACACACAUAAUAGCUCAGGAUAGCCCAACAAUUUAGAUAUAAACUUCAAACAGUCGCCGGUUUUAAGUAGUCAUCAAAAUUAUUCAUUAUCAUCAUUGAUAUGUAACUACAAAUAUUGUUGCCAACAUUUUUCUUUUCUUUUUUUUGCUAUAUACGAAUUGUGUAAUUUACUUAGUUGUUAAGAAGCCAUUUACCUUCUUAUUUUUUAGUUUCAUACAGAUAUUUUUUACCUUACACUCUACCAAUAACUACUGCAACAACUACCCACGUAUACUUAUAUUUUAAAAUGUUAUAUUUUAUAACUUAUAAAUAGUAUACAUACAUUUAAAUAUAUAUAUAUCUAUAUCAUAAAUUGUAAAUUUUAGGUCUAAUGUUAAUGAAAAGAAAAUGAAAGAAAAAAAAAAAAAAAAAACAAACACAAAGAAAAAUGAUGAUUUUUACACCUCUAUUGCAUUAUUUCCAAUUAAGUUUUAAUUAUUCAACCUCUACAAAAUUAGUUUUUAUGAUCACCCUUAAACACACACACAAUCACGCAAGACAAAAAAAAAAUGAGCAAAUAUAAAACUACCCAUUUUCGAAUUCUUCCCCAUAUUUUUUUAAAAAAUUAAAAUUUAAAUUUAACGAAAAACUAAUAAACAAAGAAAAAGAAAUAUAUAAAGAAAAAUCUAUGCAGUGAUGUGUUGGUCGCAUCUAAAACUACAACCUCUCUUUUAAGCUAUACAAAAAACAAAUAUACAGAUGAAGUAAGAGAAAAAUUGUGUAAAAGAUAAAAACAAAAGAAAAAACCCAACAGCAAAAUAUAAGAAAAAUAUGAUUGUAAAAAUA